GCAUUGGCCAAAACAAGCAUUGCAUCACUCCUCUUUUUUCUUCUUCUGUUCUUUCCUUACUUACUGCAACGUCUCAAUGUCAAUGUCGCAGAGUGGUGGUGGUGGUGGUUAUGGCGGAUCGAGCGGGUACUCGCACACCCGAACGACCUUCCGCCAAGACCAGGGCUUCUUCUCGCGCGUCGGCAACAGUCUCGGUGGCAUUGUGUUUGGAACGCUUCUCAUUGCAGGGGCCUGUUUCUUGCUGUUCUGGAAUGAAGGCAACACGGUCCACAUGGCUCAAGCGCUGGACGAGGGACUUCGCAAGGUGGUCGCGCUCGCGUCAUCGGAACGCGAAUCCACGCAUACGGACGGCAGCCUCGUCUACCUGACAGGCUUGCUCCAUGCUGCCAGUAACGUCGCGGAUGCUGCAUUCGGAAUCUCGAUUCAAGCUGCCCGCUUGGAACGGACGGUUGAAAUGUACCAGUGGGUGGAGACGACCACGACGCAUCGGUUCAACGAGCCUGGCGGUACGCGCGAGGAGAUCUCAUACUACUAUGAGAAACACUGGCGGUCGGAUUUGGUGUCCCAUCGCACCUUUGACAAUCCGUUCGGUCAUGAGAACCCUAGCGAUUUUGCCUUCCCGUCUCGCUCGUUCACUGCUGACAAAGUUGCCGUUGGUCGCUACCAGCUAUCCUCCUCGUUGAUUGACCAGAUUGUGGACUGGCAUACUGUCGACCUGACGCACCACACCCAAAUUCCCUCCACGAAUGGCAAAAGCGUCUUCGUCCAGGAUGGCUCGUUGUACAUUGUUCAGCACCGUGGCGAUCUUCAGGCUGGUGAUCUUCGCAUCCGCUUCCGCUAUGCAGGCAACACGGACAAGCACGCCUCCCCUUCCAGCGUCAGCGUCAUUGCACGCCAGAGUGGAAAACGUCUCGAACCCUACCUGUCGCAUGGACACACUCUGGAAUUCUUGGUUUCCGGCGUUCGUAGCGCCGAGGACAUCCUCUCGGCCGAGCAAGCCAAAAAUGUUGUGCAGUCGUGGGCCUUCCGCUUUGUGGGCUGGCUGCUCAUGUUCUUUGGCUUUGCCGCCGCGACAAGCAUUGUUGGGGUCCUUGUUGAUUGGAUUCCGAUCGUGCGCACGAUUGUCGGCUUCGGUGUGCUUCUGAUCAACUUGACGCUGGCGACCUCGUUGUCGUUCGUGGUGAUUGCCCUGGGUUGGAUUCGCUACCGUCCGUUGGUUGGCGGUUUGCUUUUGCUGCUUGCCAUUGGUAUUCCAUUCGUCUUGGGGAAAAUGCGCGGCCCCAAGACUGUCCAGCCGCAGCAGCAGCAGCCGUACCAACAGGCCCCGCAAGCCCAGCAGUUCCAGCCGCCGAAAUACGAAUGAGGCUCAGAAAAGCCGUUUGUGUGCAAGCAUGGCUGAUUGAUGGUGUUCCGUCCAGGCAAAUGAAACUUGUGCCCAAAUCAAACAUGCUGUUCGUCAGGCAUGUAAUAAACUAGCGUGCUGGUGCAGUUUUGGAGGCUGUCACAAGUGGUCGAAAUGAUGACACCCAAUCCAACGAAUGCUGGUCACCGGAACCAAACAACAACUAA